UUUCCCCUUGGCUUCCCAGUCCUUCCGUGCCGCGGGCUGCACAGCACUCUGUACCCGCACAGGCGAGCGCUGCUGGGGCGGGCUGGGGCUGGGCUGGGCGAGGGUCUCCUGAGGUGAAGGAGCUCAAGGUGCCCUUGAAAGCAAGACCUGAAGGAUGCAGUAAAACAAACCGAAGCAUCCCUCGGUCGUGCGGCAGUUGCUUUCUCGCCGGCUCAGGCUUUGCUCUCGCUGGGUCGCAGAAUAGGUGACAGAAUCAGAGGGGAUUGAAAAUGGCUGGACAAAUAUCAGAGUCUGAUCAGAUCAAGCAGUUCAAGGAGUUUCUUGGAACGUACAAUAAACUCACAGAAAACUGCUUCCUGGAUUGCAUAAAGGAUUUCACUAGCAGAGAGGUUCAGCCAGAAGAGAUGACCUGCUCAGACCACUGCCUACAGAAAUACUUAAAAAUGACCCAGAGGAUCUCCAUGAGAUUUCAGGAGUAUCACAUUCAGCAGAACGAAGCUCUGGCAGCUAAAGCAGGACUGCUUGGCCAACCUCGUUAAACACGAGCACUCUGCUCAGACUUUACCAGCAGUGCCAAUGUUCACUGGGCAAGAACACAGCUUGGAUUUUCUGCUGUCAGGAUAUAGGUCUGGCAACUAAGAAGAGAGUUCUGGCUGCUGUUCAGACAGUGAACAAUCACAAAGGGUUAAACAAGAAGUUAGUCAUGGUGGACUGGAAGUGGAGUCUGAUCCUGAGGUCCUUUUCACUCCACAGUGAAGUUAAAAAUGAUACAAGCUUUUUGAGGGCCCACAGACUGCUAUGUUUAAGUUUCAAGGUGGGGUGGGAGGAUUUUAUUUCCUUUCUGCUAAGACUGCUUCAGAUAAAAGAUUUAAAAAGAGAAGUGUGAUGUGGAAAUACACACUUUUUUAUUUAAUUAAGUACAAUAAAUGGGAACUGUGCACUUGUA